CGGAAGCACACUCAUUCAUGAAACUGCAUUAUAUAGAGGAAGGUGUUGUACUUUAAUUGACAAUCCAUGCGAAGUUCUGCUUACAAGCUGUUGUCUCAAUGAACUUCUCAUCAUGACUUCUGUUCAUGUCACUGCGUUUGUUCUCCUGCUUCUCAUCGACAUAAGUUUUACACAAGUUACUGUCGACGUGGGAGAAUUGGGCGAAAUCGAGGGGAACGAGUAUGAGUUUGAUGGCAAAACGAUGACUGAGUUUUUGGGUGUUCCAUACGCAGAGCCUCCAGUCGGGGAGUUCCGAUUCGCCCGUCCACGACCCAAAGUUGCUUGGAUCGAAAAAUUAAACGCGACGACGUUUGGUGCUGCCUGUCCACAGCAACCAGUGGAAGGCCUCGAUGAUCUGCAGAUUAGCGAGGAUUGUCUCUUUUUGAACAUCUUCGUACCACCUAACGCAACUGCCGAUAAUAAACUGCCCGUCAUGUUAUUCAUACCAGGUCGUGGGUAUCGAGCCUACUCGGGAUCAGAGUACAUCGGACUAGAGAUGGCCGUGACAGGUCCUAUCAUCAUCGUCACCAUCAACUACAGGUUCCUCACAUUCGGCUUCUUCAGUACCGGUGAUGACACUGCACCGGGUAACUAUGGUCUUUGGGAUCAACAGUUGGCCAUAGAGUGGGUGCGGGAUAACAUCGGGGCUUUCAAUGGUGACGGUAGUAAGAUCACCAUCGUUGGUCAAGGGCGAGAGGGGGCUACAGGAGUUGUAUCUCAGAUUCUUUCCCCUUUAAACAACAACGGGCUAUUCCAACGGGCGAUUGUUCAGAGCAGUACAGCCACUGACCUAUCCUACAUCAGUGCGGAGGGUCAAGCUACGAGGCUGUCCAAGAUCCUUGUGGAUACUCUCAACUGCAGUCAAAGAUCAUGGACAGAAAAUCUAGCUUGUCUUCGAGAAAAAUCGUGGCAAGAUAUAGUAGCCGUCAAUUAUUCUGUUCUCGGUGGUGGUUACUUCGAGCCUCGAAUUGAUGGAUACUUCUUUCCAGAUUCCCUCGACAAUCUUCUCGAAAAAAACCUUACACACCAAUAUGACCUCCUGGCAGGCAUCAACAGUGACGAAGGAGCUGCACUCUUAAACGGUUACGUAGAUAUCAAUGACGCAUUCGAAACAGUGCAAGACGUCUGGAACUUUGCUUAUUAUGAUACCAGGCAGAGGUACAGCAGUGAUGACCAGGCGAUACUUGUGAUGAAUGCCAUCGACUAUAGAUACGACGGCCCUCUUCUUGAGCUUCCGGAUAGAGAAAGCGCUUUACGUUUUAUGUUUAGUAUGUAUGGUGACCGCUCCUACGUCUCUAAGACCAUACAGCUCCUACGAAACCAUCAAUUGAGCCCCGACACGAAUACAUUUAUGUAUUACUUUGACUACGUGGACGUGGAUCAAAACUUUACAUUGAUUGAUGACCCUCUUCGAGAUUUCACGAAGGCAGUUCAGGGUGAGGAGCUGUUCUACCUUUGGGAUACGAUUUUCGGCAGGCAGACGGCUUCGGCUGCUGCAUCUGGGAGUACGUCGGAGUCACUUCGUGCAAAAAUGAUUCAAUAUUGGACCAACUUCGUGAACAAUGGAGAUCCAAAUACUGGCAGUGCAAAUCAGCUCACGGACUGGCCACAGUUCAACAACACCGAGAGUUAUCUGCUGAUCUCUAACACCAUAGAAACGGGACAGCGUCUCAGGGACGAGUACAUCAGCUUCUGGCUAGACUACAUUCCAGAACUAACGCAGAACGACGAUGCAGACACAUGCUCCCUGGUUGCACCAGCUUCAGAUAUCUUACGAGGAGCCGAAGCAGAAUCUGAUGAGUUCGUGGUUAUAGAUGUAACUAAUGGCAACUCUGAGUUGGGACAGAUCCGAGGCAUCCUUCGCAGAGCAGACGAGGGUGUCGGUGGUCGAGAAAUCCAAAGUUUCCGCGGUAUUCCGUACGCCUCACCACCAGUCGGCGAAAGACGGUUCCAGUAUUCCGAGGUCCUAACUGACUGGGGUCAAGGUGGCAUCCGCAACGCUACGGAACCUUCAGCAGGGUGUCCUCAGGGCUUUACCCCUAUUCUGGGCGCAGCGGAAUACAACGAGGACUGCCUCUACCUCAACAUCUUCGCACCUGUGGCUGAUCAAACCGGCGGAGUUGGUUUUCCUGUCAUUGUUUAUCUUCAUUCUGGUCUGUUAACGUCUGGCAAUGGUGGCGUAUUUGACGGGACUACUCUCGCUUCUUAUGCCGAAUCAGUGGUGGUCACUCUAAACUACCGUAUUGGAGCACUGGGUUUUCUAUCGACCGGCGAUGACGCCGCUCCAGGCAACUAUGGCAUCAUUGACGUCGUUACGGCUCUGCAAUGGAUCCAAACAUACAUCAGCAGUUUCGGCGGUGACGCUGGCAGUGUUACUGCACUUGGAAUGGGAUCCGGUGCCCAAAUUGCUCACUUGAUUUCAUUGAACAAACUCAAUAAUGGGCUUAUGCAUAAGAUCAUUGCAUUUGGUGACUCCGUUUUAUCGCCCACUAUUUUGACAUCAGGCGAAAGGGAUCCUCUUCAGUUUGCUGUCCAACUUGCGAGUGCCCUCGAUUGCCCUUCAGAACCAACAACCGCGCUUGUCACAUGCCUACGAACCAAAUCAGCGACAGAAAUCCUUCAGGCACCUGUUGGUGGCGACAGUCUUGGCAUAAUUACGUUUUUCCCCGUAGUGGAUGGUACAUUCCUAAAGAACUCUUCGGAUAAGAUACUGGCUUCAGGUGACUACGAAACCAUUCCCUUUCUCACAGGAGCAACUGAAUGUGACAACACCUUAAUCACUGUUCUGUACUUGAACGCUUCUGUGUCCAAUGGCUGCCCAGAUGAACUGUUUGCAGGAGCUAUCAUCGAUGAUGCCGUCAACACUUUCUACGGCGGCAAGGACGAGUUCGCCUCCCUUUUUAAGAUGUUUUACCUUAAGAGCGAACUCUCCCCAACUGUCCCGGACAUCGACUGCAAGGUCGGGCAGCAGAUUAGUGAAUUCCUGAGUGAUCUGUGGCUCAACGUUCCUCUUCUAGAGACGGGGAAAUUGAUGGCUAGAUUUGACAAGGAGAUGUACUUGUAUUCCUUGACCUUUCAUCCUGACAACCAUGUCUAUCAACUAUUUCUACCACCCUGGGUAGAGACGUCUUUUGGUGAUGAUGUCCCGUAUGCCUUCGGCUGGCCAUACGACAGACAGAGGAUCCUGCAGAGCACCAAAGGCUACAGCCCGAUCGAUAGGAAAGUCUCCAUCAACUUCAUGGAAAUGAUUUCGACGUUCGCAAAGACAGGUGUUCCGUCAGCCAAUCCUACAGACCCAGAGUCAGUAUGGCAGCCGUACGACCCACUCCGUUACAACGCUCUCCACCUCGAUGUCUGUCCGACACAGGCACCCAUUCCCCGCGCCGAGGAGAAAGACAUCUUCUGGUUCACCGUCAUCGCUGGCUUGAAGGAAAAGCUCGACGACGACGACGAAGAAGAACCGACAUGCUCCCUAGUUGCACCAGCUUCAGAUAUCUUACGAGGAGCCGAAGCAGAACCUGAUGAGUUCGUGGUUAUAGAUGUAACUAAUGGAAACUCUGAGUUGGGACAGAUCCGAGGCAUCCUUCGCAGAGCAGACGAGGGUGUCGGUGGUCGAGAAAUCCAAAGUUUCCGCGGUAUUCCGUACGCCUCACCGCCAGUCGGCGAAAGACGGUUCCAGUAUUCCGAGGUCCUAACUGACUGGGGUCAAGGUGGCAUCCGCAACGCUACGGAACCUUCAGCAGGGUGUCCUCAGAACCCGACCCCUAUUCUUGGCGCAACGGAAUACAACGAGGACUGCCUCUACCUCAACAUCUUCGCACCUGUGGCUGAUCAAACCGGCGGAGUUGGUUUUCCUGUCAUUGUUUAUCUUCAUUCUGGUCUGUUAACGUCUGGCAAUGGUGUCGUAUUUGACGGGAGUACUCUCGCUUCUUAUGCCGAAUCAGUGGUGGUCACUCUAAACUACCGUAUUGGAGCACUGGGUUUUCUAUCGACCGGCGAUGACGCCGCUCCAGGCAACUAUGGCAUCAUUGACGUCGUUACGGCUCUGCAAUGGAUCCAAACAUACAUCAGCAGUUUCGGCGGUGACGCUGGCAGUGUUACUGCACUUGGAAUGGGAUCCGGUGCCCAAAUUGCUCACUUGAUUUCAUUGAACAAACUCAAUGACGGGCUUAUGCAUAAGAUCAUUGCAUUUGGUGAUUCCGUUUUAUCGCCCACUAUUUUGACAUCAGGCGAAAGGGAUCCUCUUCAGUUUGCUGUCCAACUUGCGAGUGCCCUCGAUUGCCCUUCAGAACCAACAACCGCGCUUGUCACAUGCCUACGAACCAAAUCAGCGACAGAAAUCCUUCAGGCACCUGUUGGUGGCGACAGUCUUGGCAUAAUUACGUUUUUCCCCGUAGUGGAUGGGACAUUCCUGAAGAACUCUUCGGAUAAGAUACUGGCUUCAGGUGACUACGAAACCAUUCCCUUUCUCACAGGAGCAACUGAAUGUGACAACACCUUAAUCACUGCUCUGUACUUGAACGCUUCUGUGUCCAAUGGCUGCCCAGACGAACUGUUUGCAGGAGCUAUCAUCGAUGAUGCCGUCAACACUUUCUACGGCGGCAAGGACGAGUUCGCCUCCCUUUUUAAGAUGUUUUACCUCAAGAGCGAACUCUCCCCAACUGUCCCGGACAUCGACUGCAAGGUCGGGCAGCAGAUCAGUGAAUUCCUGAGUGAUCUGUGGCUCAACGUUCCUCUUCUAGAGACGGGGAAAUUGAUGGCUAGAUUUGACAAGGAGAUGUACUUGUAUUUCUUGACCUUUCAUCCUGACAACCAUGUCUAUCAACUAUUUCUACCACCCUGGGUAGAGACGUCUUUUGGUGAUGAUGUCCCGUAUGCCUUCGGCUGGCCAUACGACAGACAGAGGAUCCUGCAGAGCACCAAUGGCUACAGCCCGAUCGAUAGGAAAGUCUCCAUCAACUUCAUGGAAAUGAUUUCGACGUUCGCAAAGACAGGUGUUCCGUCAGCCAAUCCUACAGACCCAGAGUCAGUAUGGCAGCCGUACGACCCACUCCGAUACAACGCCCUCCACCUCGAUGUCUGUCCGACACAGGCACCCAUUCCCCGCGCCGAGGAGAAAGACAUCUUCUGGUUCACCGUCAUCGCUGGCUUGAAGGAGAAGCUCAUCGACGACGACGAACCGACAUCGACACCGACAUCGACCCCAGCAUCGACCACGUGUUCGGUUGACAGUUACAUUGGAUUUGAUCUGACGUCAGAACAAGCAGGGCGCGUGAUCGGUGCUCUAACCAUCACCCUCGGGAUCAUCGCAGGCUUGAUAUUCUUUGCUAUCUUCAUGAAACUCUGCUUGAAUAUUCGUCGCUCUGACAAUAAACCAGUUUAAUUGGUAGAAUAUCUUUUUUAUUGCGACGACUAGCGAAUUCAUAAUCAGAUUUUGUAUUUAAUUUGCUCAUGUAUUUCCAAUAUUGAUUUGACAUAAUUAUAAACAUACACACGCAAAAAAAAGAUCGAUACAAUUUAAAUAAUGAAACCAAAAAAUAUUAAAAGAAAGAAAAGGGAAAACAAAUAUACUUGUCAUGAGGGCUGUGUGUCUGGACGCUUAACAAAAAAUAAGGAAAUAAACGAAAUUAAAAAAUAUAUAUUUGCAAAAGGGAAUUUAAAGGAAAAUAGCAAAUUGCAAAAUCGUAGUUAUCCCUGGUUACACACAUAGUCGCACAAUCACUAUGUAUCAUAUUAUCGUCUAUACAACAUUCCCCUCGCAUGUUGUUCUUCGUAUCUCCGCUCAUAGAUAUCGAUAUAUUAAAUUUAUAAUUAUUACAACAUGUGUGUAUUACCAUAAGUUAUUGGGUCCCUUCUUCAACAAUUAAAAAAAAAAAAAAAUGCCUUUUUCUAUUUUAC